ACUUCAUUGCCAAAUUUCACCAGGACUUAAAGUCACAAGCGUUUUUUCACGCGGUCUGGUCGCUGCUUUUACAACUUGUGUCGGCUCCUGCAAACUUCGAUGACUGGCAGCGGGGUUGGGGCUGCUCUCUGCCGUACGGAACUGUACUUCCUGUAAGAUGGCCGCCUCCAUGAUGCUUUCCCAUCAUCGCGCGCGGGCGCCGCCAUCUCUCCGUUUUGUCCAAAAGACGAAACGGACUCCAGCCUGCGCCGCCACGGCCUUGGAUAGAGUCCAGCCUUUAAAAGAUCAUUCAUCAAAGUGCUGCUGAUCAACAAUGAGGAGGGAAAGGCGAGGAGAUGGCCAAAAGUGAUUUCAACUCCUGUUCCGAGCCGUAGCCUCCGUAGGUACCGCUUCCGCCACGAUCGCUGAGAUGGGCGUGGUCACGUUACGUCAUAGAGGUGGGCGCGAGGCCCGAACUCCAGCGCCCCGAAACCGUCGGAGGACGGACUGGACCAGAAGCGUCCCUAGCGACAGGGAGAGAGGGGGCUUGGGCGCCACAGCACAGGAAAUCAUUUGGCAUGGGAAUCAUUUUGGAAGCGAUUUCAGUCUUUGGUAGCUGCCCAGAGUCUUGAGAAUCCCAGCAUCAGGAUCAAGUGAACUAAGGGGAAGACAGUUCUGGGACCAGGAGAGCACACUUCAGGGGAUACCAUUAACUCGAGAUGUGAGAUCUAUGACCCAGAAUUUGAGUGACGGUCUAGAAGAAUAAUAUAACAGAUCCCAGUUCUGAGCAGUUUUCUAAGAACAGAAGAAAAUGACCCAGGUCCAGGGAUUGUUAUUAUUUGAGGACGUGGCUGUGGAGUUCACCUGGGAGGAGUGGAGGCUACUAGACCCUGCUCAGAAGGACCUGUACCAGGACGUGAUGCUGGAGAACUACAGCAACCUUGUGGCUGUGGGGUAUCAAAGCACCAAACCCAUUGAAAUCUUCAAAUUGAAGCAAGGAGACAAACCAUGGAUAGAAAAGGAAAGUAUCCAUGGUCAGAACUUUCCAGAAGUUGGAGAAGUUGGUGACGCUAUGCAUUGGUCCUUGGAAAUCCAAAACAAGCAUAAAAAUGUGGAAAGAGGCCAUGAACAUAGUUCAUCAGGAAAUAUUUUUCACCUGCACGGAAAUCUUGUUACUUUAAGGCAAAGCCAUGAUAAGUUUGACAUACUGAACUCUAAUUUAGAUUUAGUUAACCAGAAUAAAAACUGUGUAGCAAAGAAGCCUGAUAAGCUUAAUAGAUACGAGAAAUCAUUUCUUCGUACUAAGCAUGAAAAACAUUACACUGGAAUUAAAUGCAGUAAAUAUGGAAACACCAUCUGCACCAAUCCAAGACGCAAUAUACAUCAAACUGAAAGAGGAAAGAAAUACCAGGAAUGUACUGACUGUGGCAAAACCUUCAUCAAAAAAUCUCAACUCACUGUACAUCAGAGAACUCAUACAGGAGAAAAACCGUAUAAAUGCCUUAAAUGUGGUAAAGCCUUCUGUAGGAAAGCAGAGCUCAAUAUACAUAUGCAAGUUGAAAGAGGAAUAAAACCCCACGGAUGCAGUGAAUGUGGGAAAGCUUUCUCCAGGAAGUCCCAGCUCCUUGUACAUCAGAAAACUCAUACAGGAGAGAAACCCUAUACAUGCAGUGAAUGUGGAAAAGGCUUCAUCCAGAAGGGUAAUUUCCUUAUACAUCAGCGAAUUCAUACUGGAGAGAAGCCCUAUGGAUGCAAUGAAUGUGGGAAAGCCUUCAGUCAUAAGCCAUGUCUCGUUGCACAUCAGGUGUUUCAUACCGGAAAUCCUCCCUAUGAAUGCAAUGAGUGUGGAAAAGCCUACUUUCAGAAGUCAAGUCUCAUUAGACAUCAAAGAGGUCAUACAGAAGAGAAACGCUAUAAAUGCAGUGUCUGUGGGAAAGGCUACUCCACGAAGUCAAUACUUAGUAGACAUCAGAGAGUCCACACAGGAGAGAAACCCCAUAGAUGCAGCAACUGUGGGAAAGCCUUCUGCCACAAGUCCUCUCUCACUAAACAUAAGAAAACUCAUAUGAAAGAAAAAUGUGUGGGUUCCGUCAAGGUGGAAAAGGAUUCCCUUGGGAAUCACAGCUCAUUAUCUCUUACAGAACCCAUACAGGAGAAAAAUUCUAUUAAACCAGAGACAGUGGAAGGGCCCUCUGUGGCAGUCCAGACAUCAUUAAACAUCAGUGGGUUCCUAGCCCAAGGGAACAUUGUCCUUGUGGGGCAGCCUGUGGCCAGAUGUGCACCCUCAGGAGAUAAUGGAGAAUUUGCACAGGAGAGAACCCUCAUAAGUGCGGUAAAUGUGGUAGUGCCUUCAGUUACCAAUUAUGUCGUAUUUUAUGUCCCAGGAAAUAUGUAGGGAAUAUUUGAUAUGUUUAGUGUGGAAAAGCCUUUUGAACCAAGUUUUAGCUUGAAAACUUUCACUGAGAGAAUGCCAAUGAAUGUAGUAAUAAUGGAGAGCUAUACCUCAUGAAAUACCAGUGGCUCUUAGUAGGUUGAAUUGUAAUGAGCUUGACUUCAGAAUCAUCAGUAAAAUGCUCCUCAGAAAUAAAUACUAGGAAGGCAGUUGUAUCAGGUCCCUGAAACCACCCUCCCAUUUGAUUAUUUUUGAAAAGCACUUGUUAAACUCAUGAAAGCUGCUCUCACAGUUCAUUAUAGUGAGAAGUUACAAAUUAAAAUUAGCAAAUGUGCACUGUGUAUAAGGCAGAACUUAGGAGAAACCAUGUACGUACUUGCAUUUGGCUCUCUCCGUGGAGUUAUAUGGACAGUGCUCCAGUCUUUCACCAGUGAUGGGACAACAUAUGGAGUUACCAAGCAGGGAAACUCACCUGUUCCUUAGUGCACAGGGUUUUUAUGGGGGGUUAGUUAUGUAGGCACAGAGAAACCACAUGGCUGAUCUUAAUGUCAAACUCCAGGCUCCUAAAGGUCAAACUGAUCCAGCAUGGCCCAGAGCCCCAGGUAAACAAAAACAUGUUCACCAGAAAUUGUAUUGCUAGCAUAAACUAUAUGGCAUGGCCCAAACCCCAGGUAUACAAAGAUACUCUUAGCAGGCAGGAUAUUUUAAGGGCUUAGAGGUUCCUUCUCCUUUGCCAGUCAUGGGUCAGAUUCUGGAAUGUGGAGGGUCUGAACACCGCAAAUCUGCUGAGUCCCUGUGGCGCAAGUUGGCAGCCAUAGCUCCUAUUGGACUCCUGGCCCUUGGGAACUUCCAUAUGUUGCAGAUUCUGCUAUAAAAAGAAGGAAGAAGAAGAAACCUGCUGAGUCAGCCCCUGAUUUACACAGCAGUGACUAGGACAAGGUUUUCGGUAACUUUAUUCCUCAUCAAGUGUCAGAAGUAAGAAAUGGCUGUGGAUACACUUAAAUGCAUAGAAUCUAGAGCACAAUGUCAGAGGGCUCACAAAGGGGAUAAGCCCGUGGUUUCAGUGGAAAUUGUAAAUCUAUCCUGAUUUUUUAUCAGAUUAACACCCUUCAUGUGUCUUUUGAUAUAGAAUGUCUUGAACUCUUUCUCAUUGCUAUGUGAAUGACUCAUAAGUCAUUUGAAGAUGGUUUAUAAAGUUCAUAUUGUACCUAUUACAUCUGAGUCAUCCAUCAC